GGAGAUCCGCCGAGUCCAGCCGUGCCAAAACGAUUACGUCCUCGUCAAAUGCGUGAUGCCGAGUGACACUGGCACCGCAAUAAACGCCGCAAGGUGAACCGGACUCGGGGUCACAACAUUCUCUCUCUUUCCAACUCCUCCUCUUUUUUCCCUCCUUCAUCCUGAAGUGACUCUGCUGAGGUCCACUCUCUCUUUGGCUUUUUUUGCGCUCUCGCCACCUUCCACCAUUACGUCCCAAAGCAAAACGGACUUUUUAGCGCUUGCUUCUCGGACUCUGCAGAGGAAGAGACUCGUCGCCGCUGUGGUUGGCAUCGUCAUGGUUCUGGCUCUCAUCAUCGCCAUCCCGCUGCUGGUUCAGACGUCCAAGAGCGACGCGCACUAUGAGAUGAUGGGCACGUGCAGGAUGAUCUGUGACCCCUACAACCCUAAACCGAGCGCCACGGCUCUGGAGGUCAUGCAGGACCUGAGCGCGGUAUCUUCUCCAUCGUUUGUUCAAGGGACUAAAGGAGAACCGGGUCGGCCGGGGAAACCUGGGCCGAGGGGGCCGCCAGGAGAACCGGGACCACCCGGUCCGAGAGGUCCGCCUGGGGACAGAGGAGAUUCUAGAAAGUCUGGCUACCCCGGGGUCAUGAGCACAGCCCGGACUGAGACCAGUGGAGAGCUGGGAUCCGCAAUUAGCGGGGCAAAGAUCGCCUUUUACGUUGGUUUGAAAAACCCCCAUGAGGGAUACGAGGUGCUCAGGUUCGAUGAUGUGGUCACGAACUUGGGGAACCACUACGAUCCGUCCACCGGCAAGUUCACUUGUCAGGUGUCUGGGAUUUACUUCUUCACUUAUCACGUGUUAAUGCGCGGAGGAGACGGGACCAGCAUGUGGGCGGACCUAUGUAAAAACGGGCAGGUCCGAGCCAGUGCCAUAGCGCAGGACGCAGACCAGAACUACGACUACGCCAGCAACAGCGUGGUCCUCCAUCUGGACUCCGGGGACGAGAUUUAUGUCAAACUGGAUGGUGGCAAAGCGCACGGCGGGAACAACAACAAAUACAGCACGUUUUCUGGUUUCCUUUUGUAUCCAGACUAAAGAGACAGCUAAGACUACAAACAACACUGUCAUUAUAUAUAUAAAUU